AUGAGCGGAUUCACAAAGUUCCGCGCCGGCCUAACCGCUGCCGGCUGCGCAGCCAUCAUCUUCACGGGCGCCACAUACGGCGCUGGGCUCAAGACUCAGGAAGAAUGGACAGAGGAACGACAGAAGUUCCAUGGGUCGCCAUAUGACGAGCAAAUUGCGCUCCUGGAGGGCCAGCGAGUCCGCCUUCUUUCUGAGCGUCGAAACUGGGAGAGAAAGUCGACGGCCUUGGAGGAGAGGAUACGAGAGAGAGAAGCGAAGAAACCAGAGAGCUGA